CGGCGAUCGGCAUACCUAAUAACGAGGCACCAUGGCUCCCGAACAUAUCACUUUUUAUACCCAUGCCUGCUCUCCUUAUAGCCACAGGGUCCACAUUGCCCUUGAAGAGGCGAAUGCUGAGUACACCUUGUGCACCAUUGACGUGAUGAAUAAACCUGCGUUUUAUAUCGACGAGAUUAAUCCGGCUGGCAAGGUCCCCGCCAUCUCCUAUGGCGGGCCCAAGGUCAGCCCGGAGCGACCCUCUCCGGAGUCUACCAAGCUCAGGGAGUCUGGCGUCAUCCUGGAAUUCCUUGCGGACCUUUUCCCAGAGUCCAGUCUGCUGCCCAAGGACCCAGUCCUCCGCGCUAAAGCUCGUCUCUUCAUCGCCGUCUUCGAUGCUCAAGUCUACGAAGGCUUCAAGGGGUACUUCUUCGUGCGCGAGCCCGCGGCUAAGCUCAUUAGCGGUCUGGAUGCGCUUCAGAAGCAGCUUCCCGCCUCUGGCUUCGCCACAGGGGAGAAGUGGACGAGUGCAGACAUGGCCGUUGCACCGUUCCUGGUUCGCAUUUUCUUUUUUCUUGAAAAUGACUUGGGCGUGUACCCUGCUGGCGAAGGCAAGAAGACUCUCGAGGUCCUCCGCGACGAGAAGUUUGCUCGCCUCAACAAGUAUCUCGAGGACCUCAAGGCUCAGUCGAGCUUUAAGGCUACCUGGGACGAGAGCUCUCAACUUGCCUUUUGGGAGAGCAGCGUUAUGUUCAAACGCGAUUGAAAAGGUUUCCGUCUUGUGGAAAGGACGUUUGCAAGGCUACAGCAUCAUCUGGUGGUAGCUGCUAUGCGGGAUACUGGUAGUCACUGGGCCAUUCGUAUAGAUCUACAUACAGUGAGAAUGUAGGAAACGACGGCUGAUGAUCCCUAGAUUCCGGCACAUGAAUGGCGUUUCGACUAGUGAUUCCUGGUAAGUCUAUUCGUGCCGCUUAGAGCCCGGUCAAAGUUGGGUUGCCAUGCGACUUCCGAGCACUCGAUAGACGACGUCCAAAAGGAAAGCUUACGCAGAUGUCGGGAGCGAACCUCGGAUAUGGAGAAGGGAAUGGUGCAAAACUUGGGUUCAGGUCGAAGAGUGUUAGGCUGCGCAGAUAGCAGGCUCUCGACUGCGCACGAGAGAUCGUCGAUUGGGCUGUACAGUGGUCACUGUCCGCGGGAUGUCAGUGCAAGCUGUGAGCUGCGAUCACAGAAAGUUCCGCAUGUCAGUCGCAUGGCCGUUUCGUGUAUCAAGCCACUGUCUUGUAUCAGGGAUAACCGUAUAUCAUGUGGCACACUGGCGAAUUCCGGUCUGGCUGGGAGCGCACUGGUCCUGCGAGAGAUAUAAUGCUGCCCACUCGCUGCAACCUUUCAUCGCCCAGGUACCCAGCACCGUGUCCUCCGAGUCGAGCCUCGAAGACUAUGUCUCUCAAGUAAUUCUCAGCAACCGUAUUUCCACGGCUAUGAACGCACUGGCUAUCUACGAAAUUCUCAUCACCAUGGAUCUCGAAAUUGCCACAGUAUGGAAGCGCAAGUGGAGUGCGACGUCUAUACUGCUGCUCAGUUCGCGCUGGCUCCUGCUGCUAAAUGCUUUCGUUAGUGCGCCCUGGCCAAUAAACCUCAAGGUUUGCAUUGCAAGUGGUUUUUGGGGCGACAUUGUGAACAUCUUAACACUGCUGCAGAUGGCUUUGUUCUCAGCAUUGCGG